AAGUCCAAAAGAGUAAAAGGCGAAUAAAAAAUACAACAACAACAACAAAAAUAAGAAGAAAAAAAGAAAAAGAAAUAUUGUUCAACAAGUCAAACGAGUUCUUUUUGGCUCGCUUUGGCCGUGUGGCACAAACAACAACAACAACGCGACUCCAACAUUGUGUGGUGUGGUGGCAGAGGCAGAGGCAGGCAGGCAGCAGCUCUGCCUGCAAUUGUUGGUGUAUUUGCGCCUUUGGUGAAAAAUAUUGGCAGCAGCAGCAGCAGCAGCCCCUCUUGGGAGGGAAAACACGGAACCAACCGAAACAGAGGCCACCGCAAAAAUCUUUCUCAAUGGAAAUGGUGGAACGAUGCAACCAGAGCCAUGCGGCAACAUUCGAGUAGCGCCAUGAAAGCAGCGUUGGCAUCCACAGCGAUGCAGCAGCAGAGAUCUGCGACCAGAAACCAAACCACAACGACAGAAGCCGCCACAAUGCACAGCCAAACGCGGGGCAGUGCUGCUCCCCCGAAGGACUACACAAUGUUCCAUCGCUGCCGGAGACGCUUCUCCGCGUUACCGCACCUCCAGCUGCUGCUGCUGUUGCUGCUGGCGGGUGCCGCACAGGCGGCAGCCGGCGACAAGGAGCGCGAACGCAAGCUGGAGGUCUUUGAGGGUGUGCCCGUGGACCAUCAGAUCGGCUACAUUGGCGACUUUGAUGGCAUCGACAGUGGGCCGCCGUACAUUAUUGUGGCGGAGGCGGGCGUGGAGACGGACCUGGCCAUAGACCGCAUGACGGGCGAGAUUCGCACGAAGGUGCGGCUGGACAGGGAGACGCGUGCCUCCUACAGCCUGGUGGCCAUUCCGCUGAGCGGACUCAAUGUCCGUGUGGUGGUCACCGUCAAGGACGAGAACGACAAUGCGCCGCAGUUUCCACAGCCCGCCAUGCACAUCGAAUUCCCGGAGAAUACGCCGCGCGAGGUGAAGCGGACACUGCUGCCGGCGCGGGAUCUCGAUCUGGAGCCGUACAACACGCAGCGGUACAACAUUGUGUCCGGCAAUGUGAACGAUGCCUUUCGGCUCUCCUCGCACCGCGAGCGGGACGGCGUGCUCUAUUUGGAUCUGCAGAUCAGCGGAUUUCUCGAUCGCGAGACCACGCCCGGCUACAGUCUGCUGAUCGAGGCGCUGGAUGGCGGUACGCCACCGCUGCGUGGCCUCAUGACCGUGAACAUCACCAUCCAGGACGUGAACGACAAUCAGCCGAUCUUCAAUCAGAGCCGCUACUUUGCCACCGUGCCGGAGAACGCCACGGUGGGCACGAGUGUGCUGCAGGUGUACGCCUCCGAUACGGACGCCGAGGAGAACGGCCUCGUGCAGUACGCCAUCAAUCGGCGGCAGAGCGACAAGGAGCAAAUGUUCCGCAUUGAUGCGCAGACGGGCGCCAUUUACAUCAACAAGGCGCUGGACUUUGAGACCAAGGAGCUGCACGAGCUGGUGGUCGUGGCCAAGGAUCACGGCGAACAGCCGCUGGAGACGACGGCCUUUGUGUCCAUCCGUGUGACGGAUGUGAACGACAAUCAGCCGACGAUCAAUGUGAUAUUCCUCAGCGAUGAUGCCUCGCCCAAGAUCUCGGAGUCGGCACAGCCGGGCGAGUUUGUGGCCCGCAUUUCGGUGCACGAUCCCGACUCCAAGACGGAGUACGCCAAUGUGAAUGUGUCGCUGAAUGGCGGCGAUGGUCACUUUGCGCUGACGACGCGCGACAGCAGCAUCUAUCUGGUGAUUGUGCAUCUGGCGCUGGAUCGCGAGUCCACCGCCAAUUACACGCUGAGUGUGGUGGCCACCGACAAGGGCACACCGCCGCUGCAUGCCUCCAAGUCGAUCUUCCUGCGCAUCACCGACGUCAACGACAAUCCGCCCGAGUUCGAGCAGGAGCUCUACCACGCCAAUGUCAUGGAGGUGGCCGAUCCGGGCACCUCGGUGCUGCAGGUUCUCGCCCACGACCGCGACGAGGGUCUGAACUCGGCGCUCAGCUAUGCGCUGGCCGAGACGCCCGAAACGCAUGCCCAGUGGUUCCAGAUCGAUGCGCAGACGGGGCUGAUCACCACCCGAUCGCACAUCGAUUGCGAAACGGAGCCGGUGCCGCAGCUGACGGUGAUAGCCCGGGAUGGGGGCCAGCCGGCGCUCUCCUCGACGGCCACUGUGCUGGUGACCAUACACGAUGUCAACGACAACGAACCGAUCUUCGAUCAGAGCUUCUACAACGUGUCCGUUGCCGAGAACGAGCCCGUCGGCAGGUGCAUACUCAAGGUCUCUGCCAGUGAUCCGGACUGCGGUGUAAAUGCCAUGGUCAACUACACGCUGGGCGAGGGCUUCAAGCACCUGACGGAGUUCGAGGUGCGCUCCGCCUCCGGCGAGAUUUGCAUUGCCGGCGAGCUGGACUUUGAGCGGCGCAGCAGCUACGAGUUUCCCGUGCUGGCCACCGAUCGUGGCGGCCUCAGCACCACGGCCAUGAUCAAGAUGCAGCUGACGGACGUCAACGACAAUCGGCCGGUGUUCUAUCCGCGCGAGUACAAUGUCUCGCUGAAGGAGUCGCCGCCGACGACACAGGCUGCCCCGGCCGCAGCCGCAGCCGCAGCGGCAGCGGCAGCUGUGAGCAUACCCGUGGUGGCGGUGGUGGCCACCGAUGCGGAUUCGGGCAGCUUUGGCCAGGUGUCGUACCGCAUUGUGGCGGGCAAUGAGGCGGGCAUCUUUCGCAUCGAUCGCUCCUCUGGGGAGAUAUUCGUGACGCGGCCGGACUCGCUGUCCGUGCGCACCCAGCCGAUGCACAUGCUCAACAUCUCGGCCACCGACGGCGGCGGUCUGCGCACCAGCCACGAUGCCGUCGUCUUUCUCAGCAUCAUCGAUGCCCAGCAACGGCCGCCGAUUUUCGAGAAGGCCCGCUACAACUACUACGUCAAGGAGGAUAUUCCGCGCGGCACCGUUGUCGGCUCUGUGAUAGCCACAAGCGGCGAUACUGCCCAGCGGAGUCCCGUGCGUUACUCGAUCUACUCUGGCGACCCGGACGGCUACUUCAGCAUCGAGGGCAGCUCCGGCAACAUACGCAUUGCCCGUCCGCUGGAUCACGAGGCCAAGGCACAGGUGCUGCUCAACAUCCAGGCGACGCUGGGCGAGCCGCCCGUCUACGGGCACACCCAGGUGAACAUCGAGGUGGAGGACGUCAACGACAAUGCGCCGGAGUUCGAGGCGAGUCUGGUGCGCAUUUCGGUGCCGGAGAAUGCCGAUCUGGGCACGCCCCUCUACGCUGCACACGCCCACGACAAGGAUGCGGGCAGCAGCGGCCAGGUGACCUACAGCCUACAGUCGCCCGAGAAGCAGCAGCAGCUCUUUGCCAUCGAUGCGCGCUCGGGGCAUCUGGUGCUGUCGCAGCAUCUGGACUACGAGACCGCGCAGCGUCACGCGCUGAUUGUCACCGCCAGCGAUGGUGGCGUGCCGCCGCUGGCCACCAAUCUGACCAUUCUGGUGGAUGUGCAGGAUGUCAACGACAAUCCGCCCGUGUUCGAGCGCGACGAGUACGCCGUAAAUGUGUCCGAAUCGCGCGCCGUAAACUCUCAGAUCGUUCAGGUGAAUGCCACAGAUCUGGACACGGGCAACAAUGCCCGGAUUACGUAUCGCAUUGUGGAUGCCGGCGCGGACAAUGCCACAGCCACAGCCACUUCGGGUGGUGCUGCCUCCGCCUCCGAUGUGGCCCUGCAUUUUGGCAUCUUUCCCAACUCUGGCUGGAUCUACUUGAGAGCGCCCCUGGAUCGGGAGACGCGCGAUCGCUACCAGCUCAUCAUCCUGGCCACGGACAAUGGCACACCGGCGGCCCAUGCCAGGACACGCGUUGUGGUCCGUGUGCUGGAUGCCAACGACAAUGAUCCGCGCUUCCAGCGCGCCCAGUAUGAGUUCAGCAUCGAGGAGAAUCUGCGCCGCGGCUCGGUUGUGGGUGUGGUGGCGGCCAGGGAUCUGGAUGUGGGCGAGAACGCUGCCGUGCGCUACAGCCUGCUGCCGGCCAACAGCAGCUUCCAGGUGCAUCCCGUCACAGGUGAAAUCUCGACGCGGGAGCCGCUCGAUCGGGAGCUGCGUGCGCUGUACGAUCUGGUGGUGGAGGCGCGCGACCAGGGCACGCCCAUGCGCAGUGCCCGUGUGCCGGUGCGCGUGCACGUCAGCGAUGUGAACGACAAUGCGCCGGAGAUAGCCGAUCCCCAGGAGGAUGUGGUCAGUGUGCGCGAGGAGCAGCCACCCGGCACGGAGGUGGUGCGCAUCCGGGCCACUGACCGUGAUCACGGCCAGAAUGCAUCCAUCAACUACUCGAUCGUGAAGGGUCGCGACUCGGACGGUCACGGCCUGUUCAGCAUUGAUGCCGCCACGGGCGUCAUUCGCACCCGCGUUGUCCUCGAUCACGAGGAGCGCAGCAUCUAUCGGCUGGGUGUGGCUGCCACCGAUGGCGGCCAGCCGCCCAAAGAGACGCUGCGAAUGCUGCGCGUCGAGGUGCUCGAUCUCAACGACAAUCGGCCGACAUUCACCAGCUCCAGCCUGGUCUUCAGGGUACGAGAGGACGCCAAUGUGGGCCAUGUGGUGGGCUCCAUAACGCCCAGCGAGCGGCUGCUGCUGCUGGACAACGACAACGACAACAACAACAACAGUGUGGAGGACUCGAAUUCGUCGGAUGAUGAGCUGCGUGUGACAUACACACUGAAUCCGCUCACCAAGGACCUCAUCGAGGGCGCCUUCGACAUUGAUCGGCACACGGGCAAUCUGGUGGUGUCGCGCCUGCUGGAUCGCGAGCUGCAGUCCGAGUUUCGGCUGGAGAUACGCGCCCUGGACACAACGGCCAGCAACAAUCCGCAGAGCAGCGCCAUUACCGUCAAGAUCGAGGUGGCCGAUGUCAACGACAAUGCCCCCCACUGGCCGCAGGACCCCAUCGAUGUGCGGGUGAGCGAAGCGACGCCCCCGGGCGCCAUUGUGCACAACUUUACGGCCAGCGAUGCGGACACGGGCACCAACGGGGAGCUGCAGUACCGCCUGCUGCGCUACUAUCCGCUGAUGAACGAGACCCAGGAGCUGGCGCUGCCCGUCUUUGCGCUGGACUCGCUCACCGGCUCGCUCAGCCUGCAGGCGCCGCUGGACUUUGAGGCCGUGCCCGAGUACCUGCUGAUUGUCCAGGCCCUGGAUCAGUCCUCCAAUGUCAGCGAACGCCUGCAAACGUCGGUCACGGUGCGCCUGCGCGUCCUCGAUGUCAACGACAAUGCCCCAGAGUUUGUGUCGCCCGGCACAAGGGGCGGCAGCGCCGCCUCCAUCUACCUGAGCGAUGCCACGCGCAUUGGCGAAACGGUGGCGCACAUUGUGGCGCUGGACCGCGAUGCCGGCGAGAACGGACGCCUCACCUACGACAUUGAGCGCGGCAAUGGGGAGGGACGCUUUCGCAUUAGCCCAGCGACGGGUGUGAUAGAGUUAGUUAAGUCCCUGCCGCCUGCCACCGAGGAUGUGGACAAGAAUGGACGCUUCACGCUGCUGAUCAGUGCCAGCGAUCACGGGCUGCCGGAGCCAAAGAGGAGCACACUCAGCCUGCAGCUGCUCGUCCAGGGCAGCCACAACAAUCCGCCGCGCUUCCUGCAGGCCGUCUAUCGUGCCACCAUACUGGAGAAUGUGCCCAGUGGCAGCUUUGUGCUGCAGGUCAGCGCAAAGUCCUUCCAUGGUGGUGAAAAUGCAAAUCUGAGCUACGAAAUUCCCUCGGGCAUUGCCGACGAUCGCUUUCACGUGGACUGGCAGCGUGGCAUUGUGACCACGCGCGGAGCCUUCGAUCGUGAGACACAGAGCAGCUACAUCCUGCCCAUCUACGUGCGUGAUGCCAAUCGACUGGCCAGCGCCGCCGCCUCCGCCUCGGCAGCCGCUGUGCGCAAGCAGCGAUCCUCAGAGAGCGGUGCCGCGGAGAGCAACAGCGGCCAGCACUUCGAUGUGGCCACCGUGAUCAUAACGAUUGGCGACGUCAACGACAAUGCGCCCGAGUUUCGUGCGGGCUCUUGCUACGGUCUCUCGGUGCCAGAGAACAGCGAGGCGGGCGUCAUCCAUACGGUGGUGGCCAGCGAUGUGGACGAGGGCGCCAAUGCGGACAUCAUCUACAGCAUCACAGGCGGCAAUCUGGGCAACAAGUUCAGCAUCGAUGCCCGCUCGGGGGAGCUGAGUUGUCGCCCGCUCGAUCGGGAGCAGCACUCCCGCUACACGCUCCAGGUGCAGGCCUCGGACCGCGGUCAGCCCAACAGUCGCCAGGGACACUGCAACAUCACCGUUCUGGUGGAGGACCAAAACGACAAUGCUCCGCGCUUCGAGCUGGCCAAGUAUGUGGCAAGCGUCGCGGAAGAUGCGCCCAUUGGGGCGAGCGUCGUGCGGAUCAAGGCCACCGAUGCGGAUCUGGGCGUCAAUGCGCGUCUGGUUUAUUCGUUGGCCAAUGAGACACAAUGGCAGUUCGCCAUCGACAGCAAGAGCGGCCUCAUUACGACCGUUGGCAAACUCGAUCGCGAGCUUCAGUCGAGCUACAGCUUCAUGGUGCUGGCCACCGAUGGCGGGCGCUACGAGGUCCGAGCCGCCCGUGUGCCCGUGCAGAUCAAUGUCCUGGAUGUGAACGACAAUCAUCCGGUGUUCGAGCGUUAUCCCUAUAUCGGCCAGGUGCCCGCCCUGAUCCAGCCGGGCCAGACGCUGCUCAAAGUGCAGGCCCACGAUGCCGAUCAGGGCCUCAACGGGGAGCUGCUGUACUCGCUCAAAGCGGAGGCUGGAGGCAAGUUUCGCAUUAAUCCCAAUACGGGCGCAUUGAGUGCCAGCCAGAGCUUGGCCAGCGAAUCGGGCCGACUGCUGCAGCUGGAGGUGAUCGCCAGGGACAAGGGAAAUCCCCCACAGAGCAGUGUCGGACUGAUCGAGCUGCUGGUGGGCGAGGCGCCACCGGGUGCGCCCGUGCUGCGCUUCCAGAACGAGACCUACAGAGUGAAGCUGCGCGAGAACUCCCCAACGGGCAGCAGACUCCUCCAAGUGGUGGCCGUGCGCAGCGAUGGACGCCGCCAGAAGGUGCAGUUCUCCUUUGGCGCUGGCAACGAUGAGGGCAUCUUCUCGCUGGACGCCGCCUCGGGCGAGAUUCGUGUGGCCAAUCCCGCGCUGCUCGACUACGAUCGCUUUGCCACGCCCACACUGGCGGCCCUGAGUCGCGGCCGGGCCAUGCACUACGAGCAGUUGGUGACAGAGGAUCCCUCUGCGGCCGCAGAGGAUCGCAAUGGCACACGCAGUCAGCGCGCCCUGGCCGCCACAUCCUUUGCCCUCGCCAGCACCCAGCCGAAUGAACUGCGCCUCGUUAUCGCAGCGCGCAGCGCGGAUGGGCCCCUCCUGGCCAGCUACGCGGAGCUCAUUGUCGAGCUGGAGGACGAGAACGACAACAGUCCGCAGUUCUCGCAGCGUCAGUUCGUGGCCACCGUCGCCGAGGGCAACAGCAAGGGCACCUUCGUGGCCCAGGUGCAGGCCUUCGAUGCCGAUGCGGGCGCCAAUGCCCGCCUGCGGUACCACAUCGUCGAUGGCAACCACGACAACGCCUUCGUCAUCGAGCCCGCCUUCAGUGGCAUCGUCAAGACGAACAUCGUCCUCGAUCGCGAGAUUCGUGAUGUCUACAGCCUGAAGAUCAUCGCCACGGACGAGGGCGUGCCCCAAAUGACGGGCACCGCCACCAUUCGGGUGCAGAUCGUCGAUGUCAACGACAAUCAGCCCACGUUUCCGCCCAAUAACCUAGUGAGCGUCAGCGAAGCAACCGAACUCGGCGCCGUGAUAGCUUCCAUCUCUGCCAACGACGUGGACACUCAUCCCACGCUGACGUACCGCCUGGUCAGUGACUCCUCGGUGGAUGACGAGAGCCUCACGCUCUUCGCCCUGGAUCGCUACAGCGGGAAGCUGGUGCUGCGGCGGCGCCUGGACUACGAACAGCAGCAGGAGUACCAGCUGGAGGUGAUUGCCUCCGAUGCGGCGCACGAGGCAAGAACCACGCUGACGGUCCGCGUGAACGAUGAGAACGACAAUGCGCCGAUAUUCCUGGCCCAGCAGCCGCCCGCCUACUUUGCCAUUCUGCCCGCCGUGGCCGAGGUGGCCGACAGUCUGUCGCUGGACCUGGAGCUGCUCUCGGUGAAUGCCACGGAUGCGGAUGCCGAGGGCAGCAACUCCAGGAUACAGUACUCCAUCGAACCACCCAUCGAGGGAUUCUCGGUGGCUGCUGCCAGUGGUGUGGUGUCUGUGAACAUGAGUCGCCUGCCGCUGCCCGAAUCCGCGAGCGGGGAUUACUUUGUGCGCAUUCUGGCCCGAGAUGGCGGCAAACUUCCGCUGACUGGGGCAACGCUGCUCCGAGUGCAGGCCAGCGACAGUGGCGCGGCGCGUUCACAGUUCCAGCAGACGCAGUAUCGCGCACAGAUCAGCGAGGCGGCGCCUCUGGGUGCCGUGGUGCUGCAACUCGCGCAGGAUGUGCAGGAUCAGGCGUUUGUCAUUGCGGCCGGCAACGAGGAGGCCGCCUUCGAGCUUCGCCAAUCGAAGGCGAUUGUGCUGGUGAAGCCGCUCGAUCGCGAGCGCAACGAUCUGUACAGGCUGCGUCUGCUGGUCAACAGAGGGACAGCCGGAGCCACAGCCCCAGCCAAUUCAAGCGCUGGCAUCACCGUAGUGAUCACUGUGCUGGAUGCCAAUGACAAUUUCCCGAUCUUCGAUCGCAGCGCCAAGUACGAGGCGGAGAUCAGCGAGCUGGCGCCGCUGCGCUACUCCAUUGCCCAGCUGGUGGCCCUGGAUGCCGACCAGGAGAACUCGCCCAACUCCGAGGUGGUCUACGACAUCACCUCGGGCAACGACGAGCACAUGUUCACCAUCGAUCUGGUGUCGGGCGUGCUGUUCGUGAACAAUCGCCUGGACUACGACAGCGGCGCCAGCAGCUAUGAGCUGAUCAUACGCGCCUGCGACAGCCACCAUCCGCGUCCGCUCUGCAGCCUGCAGCCCUUCCACCUGGCGCUGCACGACGAGAACGACAACGCGCCCAGGUUCCCGCUCUCGGAGUACGUUCACUUCGUCGCGGAGAACGAGCCGCUGGGCAGCAGCGUGUUCCGGGCGCAUGCCAGCGACCUGGACCGCGGUCCCUUUGGCGCCCUCAACUACAGCCUGGCCGCCGCUGCCGGCGAUGACAGCUCCUGGAAGCUGUUCCGCGUGGAUUCGCAGUCGGGCCUGGUCACCGCGACGGCUGUCUUCGAUUAUGAGCAGCGUCAGCGCUACGACAUGGAGCUGCGGGCCAGCGACAUGGGCGGCAAGGCGGCACGCGUCGCCGUGCGCGUCGAGAUCGAGUCGCGGGAUGAGUUUGCGCCGCAGUUCUCGGAGCGCACGUACCGCUUUGUGCUGCCCGCCGCGGCCGCUUUGCCGCAAGGCUUCGUGGUGGGGCAGGUCACGGCCACGGAUGCGGACAGUGGACCCGACGGACGUGUCGUCUACCAGCUGAGUGCGCCGCACACCCACUUCAAGGUGAAUCGCAGCAGUGGCGCGGUGCUGGUCAAGCGCAAGCUGAAGCUCGACGACGACGCCGCCAGUCUGGGCGCACACGACGGGCGCGACAUCAGCCUCGUGAUAUCCGCGUCCUCGGGCCGACAGAACUCGCUGACGGCCAUGGCCGUGGUGGAGAUUGCCCUGGAUCCGCUGGCACAUCCGGGCACGAAUCUGGCCAGUUCGGGCAUCAAUGGCGGCGGCUCUGGCGGCGGCUCUGGCGGCGGCGGCGGCACCAUGGGCGACUGGGCCAUUGGCUUGCUGAUCGCCUUCCUGCUGGUGCUCUGCGCCGCCGCUGGCAUCUUCCUCUUUGUGCACAUGCGCAGCCGCAAGCCGCGGAAUGUCGUCAAGCCCCACCUCAGCACGGAGACGGUGGGCGUGGGCAAUUCCAACAGCUACGUGGAUCCCAGCGCCUUCGACACGAUACCCAUACGGGGCGGCAUCUCCGGCGGUGCGGCUGGAGGCGCCUCCGGACAGUUUGCGCCGCCGAAAUACGACGAGAUACCGCCCUUUGGCCCGCAUGCGGGCAGUUCCGGUGCGGCCACCACCUCGGAGCUAUCCGGCUCCGAGCAGUCGGGCUCCAGUGGCCGCGGCUCGGCCGAGGAUGAUGGCGAGGACGAGGAGAUUCGCAUGAUCAACGAGGGACCGCUGCAUCAGCGCGGCGGCGGCGGCGGCGGUGGCGGCGGUGGUGCGGGUGGCAGCGAUGACGGUCGCAUCUCGGACAUCUCCGUGCAGAAUACACAGGAGUAUCUGGCGCGUCUGGGCAUCGUGGAUCACGAUCCGAGCGGCAGUGGCGGCGGCGGCGGUGGCGCCUCCAGCAUGGCCGGCAGCAGCCACCCCAUGCCGAUGCCAAUGCCCAUGACCAUGCCCAUGGUGGACUCGCUGCACAUGUUCCACGACGAGGAUGCGGCCACCGCCCGCUCGGACAUCACGAAUCUCAUCUACGCGAAGCUCAACGACGUCGCCGGCGGCAAUGGAGGCGGCGUCGGCGGCGGCGGCGGCAGCGGCUCCGAACGUGGCAGCAGUGCCGAUGAUGCGGCAACGACGGCGGGCAGCAUUGGCACCAUGGGCACGGGGCCCAUCACCGGCCACGGCCACGGCACGGCCAUGAUGGGCAGCUACGGCGAGGUGCCGGUGCCCGUGCCCGUUGUGGUGGGCGGCAGCAAUGUGGGCGGAUCCCUCAGCUCGAUUGUGCACAGCGAGGAGGAGCUGACGGGCAGCUACAACUGGGACUAUCUGCUCGAUUGGGGGCCGCAGUACCAGCCGCUGGCGCACGUCUUCUCGGAGAUAGCGCGGCUCAAGGACGACACCAUGUCGGAGCACAGCGGCCACAGUGGCCACAGCGGCAGUGGCGCCUCCUCGUCCGCCAAGAGCAAGCACUCCUCCUCGCACUCGUCGGCGGGGGCGGGCAGUGUGGUGCUGAAACCGCCGCCACCGCCCACCCACAUUCCACCGCCGCUGCUCACGAGUGUGGCGCCACGCGCCAUCAAUCUGCCGAUGCGUCUGCCGCCGCACUUGAGCAUGGCCGGGGGCCUGCCCCGCUCGCCCAUUGGGCACGAGGCCAGCGGCAGCUUCAGCACCUCCUCGGCCAUGUCGCCCUCGUUCUCGCCAUCGCUCUCGCCGCUGGCCACACGCUCGCCCUCCAUCUCGCCGCUGGGCAGCGGUCCGCCCACCCACCUGCCACACGUGUCGCUGCCCCGCCAUGGCCAUGCACCGCCGCCACAGCCCACGCAGCGGGGCAAUGUGGGCACAAGGAUGUGAUAGGAGGAGCAGAGAAGGAUUCCAGUCCUGAGCAGCGCUGUGCAUGCAUCAUAGUAUUACUUGCACCCCCACCACCCCAUCCACCAUCCACGCACACACACAGACACAUUCACCCUUGCACACACACACACACACACACAUUAAUGUUGUAUAUAUACUGAUAUGAUAGAUAGGCACGAUAUCCCAUAUACAUAAUAAAUACGAUAGAUGUAAUUACACUCGGAAAAAGUUAGAACUGAUUUUCAAGCAGAGUCUCCAGCAGAUUGGGGGAUUUUUAAAUUUAUGCAUCUGUUUAAAUUUUUAA